AUGGGGCUCGAACACGCUAAAAUAUUCGGUGAAAGUGUUGGAUAUGGCAUGGUUGUUGGAGUUGGUUUCGCUUUUGCCGUGAUAAUGGUGGGCGUAACCAAACUCUUGUCUGUAUUCUUCAACGAAAUCCAGGACUCGGAAAUGUUGAUGACGGCGAAGCGCAGUAUCAAGACCGGCUUGAUCGCUUCAGCAGUGAUCAGUUCGUGGACAAUUGGUUCCACUUUGCUAUUAUCAUGUACCGCUGCUUACUCCAACGGCAUCUCAAGCGCAUAUUGGUAUGGUGCCGGGGCAUGUGUGCAGAUAAUCUUCUUCAGUAUGUUGGCACUCGAAAUCAAAAAAAAGGCACCCAACUGCCACACGUACCAGGAAGUGGUACGAACAAGAUACGGCGCACCUACACACAUUGUCUCUAUUGUGUACUCUGUAAUUCAGAUGGUGUGCUAUACCACCAACUUGUUGAUCAACGGAUCGUCAAUAUUUUCAGCCAUCACAGGCAUGAACAGAGACGCAGCUAUUGUGUUGUUUCCUAUUGGCGUUAUCAUCUACACUUUGAUGGGAGGCAUCAAGGCCACCUUUCCUUACCGACUGGACUCACACCGUCAUUUUAUACUGUCUUGUGCUUGCAUUUCUAUUCAACUGCUAUGCAACUCAGCGACAUCGUGGGCUCCCCUGGUGCCUUGUGGGAUCUUUUGGUGGAAGCUUCUGAAAGGCGGCCUAUCGCUGGGAAUGCUCUGGGGAGCUUGUUGA